CACGUGUCAGUUUCAUCGGAUGUACUUUUCCCCCAAGUACAGUGCCCUUCUUUUCUGGAAUUUUCAGACAGCUUUUGAAGAAGCUAAGAAUCUGAUUGUCCGAAUUUCCGUGUUACACGUUCGAAGGAUUAUGGGGGAAUCGUCUUCUUCGUCGCCUACCGAAGAGAUUGCUCGAUUGAUCAAACGAUUAAGCGCGUACGUUACUGUCAAGAUGUCUAGCCUCUUCUCUACAUCUAUUCCCAAUCUGGAUUCAAGAUCUAUUGGUGCUAUUGCGGGGCUUGCAAUCGCUGUGAUAUUCACAUGGAGGGCUAUAAGAACGCCACCAGGGGAGCCUCGAAGAAGGCAGCCAAAACGCAGGAUGCAAUCAGCUGAAACCUCUAGUGCUGCUGCUCAGUCUAAUCUAGGUUCGAACCUUCCUGAUGUUUCUUUGCCUCAUGAGGAUAACGGAGUGCAAGAUGUUGUUGAUCAGUUUUUUCAGCCUGUGAAACCUACACUGGGGCAGAUGGUGAGGCAGAAGCUUAGUGAAGGACGGAAGGUAACAUGCCGUCUUCUUGGAGUCAUUCUUGAGGAAUCAAGUCCAGAAGAACUCCAAAAACAAGCAACAGUGAGGUCAUCCGUUCUGGAAGUUCUCUUAGAGAUUACAAAGUCUUCUGACUUAUAUCUCAUGGAAAGAGUUCUUGACGACGAAAGCGAAGCCAGAGUUCUAGAGGCUUUAGAGACUGCAGGUGUUUUCACCUCUGGUGGUUUGGUCAAAGAUAAGGUCCUGUUUUGUAGUACGGAGAUCGGAAGAACUUCGUUUGUUAGACAACUAGAACCUGACUGGCAUAUUGAUACAAACCCAGAGAUCACCACACAACUAGCUAGGUUCAUCAAAUAUCAGCUUCACGUCUCUGAAUCGAAACCAGAGCGAAGUGCUCCCAAUGUGUUCACCUCGCAGUCAAUAGAGCAGUUCUUUGGAUGUGCUUAAUUAAUGCCAAUAAAAAGAGUGCGAAAGAUAUGCAAAACAAACUACAAACUCGUAAUUUUCAAUUCGAUCCUCUUCUUGUUCUGACAGAAGCAAAGAGCAGAGGCGUAAAUGGUCUCGUUUCCAUCAUAAAACUUGUAACUUCCUCUUUUUUUUUUUUUUUUUUGUGUUGCCUGCAAAUUAAAAAAAACAUCAAUUUUUAUGGAGUUAGAAAGUACUGGGAGAGUUCCUUCGGUGGAAGUAAUGAAGUUUGUAAUUUCUGUAUCAACAACAUUAUCGUGUUUUCUGGUUGCAUCAAUGGGAACUCGUAAUGUGAAUGUCACGACCUAACUUCUCCACUCCACCAACUCCACCCAUUAACACAUCUAUUAAACCCACCUUCUCCACUAAUAACCUGCAAUCAAAAGAAAAAAAAUCAGAGAGAAGAGAAGAGUAGAGAAGAGAAGGGAAGAUAAAAGAAGAGAGAGGGAGGUGAGAAGAAGGAUUUGGAGAGGUUGCGGUCGUCACCGGAGUUCGUUAUAGCCUCUGCGCCCCGUGACCGUGUUGAGCUCGCCACCACCGUUAAUCGCAGGUAACCACCGCGAAAAUCCCAUGAUUUAAGUUCAGUUUCGUCCGUUUAGUAAAUCGACCAUAACUUCUUAACCGUUGCGAAUCUCGUGCAUCCAAGCCCAUCAUCGUUUUCCUCUCGUCGAGACGAAGCCGUAGACACCAAGCACGCCUCAAACGGAGCCCGGACGAAGCCGUACGCGCCUCCAGAAAACCGCCCUUCGCGCGCGCGUGAAACGCACGCGCCGCCGCCGGAAAUCGUCGCCACCGCAGCUCCGCCGCCGGACCACCGUCCGCCGCCGCAGCUCCGCCGUCGCCGCCGGCCAACUUCCCGGUAAGCCGCCGCCGCAGCUCCGCCGUCGCCGCCGGUGACCGACACCGGUGACUCACCGGCGACUCGGUCAACUCGGCCGAGUCAACUCAGUGAGUCAACUCGGUUGACUCGGUUAACCGAUCGGUUAGCCGGUUUAAAUUGAUUUUGGUUCGGUUAGGGUAAACCGGUCGGUUUAGUCAAAUCGAUUACCGGGUUGACUUUGACCAGCGGGUUGACUUUUUCGAAAACCUUGACCAGUUCCGUUUUCGACCGUUCGAAAGGCGUUCUGACUCAGAAUUUCGAUCUGAUUUCAGAUAUGGAGUCUAUUUGAGCAGCUGGAGUUCAUAGACAACACUUUUCUAUUGCUAAGGUGAGACAAACAAGUAUGUGAUAUUUGGACGGACUUGGUGCUAUUGGACUUUUCUUUCGGAUUUUAUUUGGGCAUGGGUGAGAGUUGUCGGGUUUAUGGGCUUUUAUAUUACGGGAUAUUGUUGGUGGCCCGUCGUCCUUAGUGUCAGGGAGACGGGUGUCACAUUGUUGUAUGAUGACGCGUCGGGGGUGACACGCUGUCCUCCAUAUAGGAGGUGACGGGUGUCACAAUUUGGUAUCAGAGCGGGUUCCAUCCCGGUUCCGUCUGGGAUGGCGGUCAGGGGAUUCGGUUUUCAACUUAAAAAAAAAAAAAAAAAACUAUAUAUUUAUUUAUACAUUUUGAAAUUCUUUUAGCAUCAUUAUGUCCUGUAAUUACUAACUCAAAUGUCUCUUUCUAUGACGAUGAGUAAAAUCAUCGUCAUUCGUCCUUCGACUAUCAAGGUUCUCGACAGAUGUUCAGCAGUUGCGUGAAGUCCAGGUUCGUCAGUUUUCUCGGGAGUUAUCAGUUUCUUCGGUCAUGAUUUCGAGGCUAUCCAGGAGUGGAUAUGUGACGUUUCUGCCACCAGCCCACUUCAAGCAAUCGUUCCACGAGUUUUGUUACUGGAGAUUUUGUGGUGUGUGAUAUGAGCCAUUGGUUGGCAUGUGUUGUUGUGUGUACGAGUAUAUUGACUAUUUUGGAGAUUUGCUAGUCUCAGGUUGGGUGCCAUUACUAUCAAUGGAGAGACAGAUGUCCUUGGGACUUUGGAGCAGGCAGUUUUGCUAUGGAGGAUACACAAGCACAAGUUAGCAUUCUGGAUUGGUUGAACAGAUCGAGAUUGGGAGUAUUGGAUAUCACACAACUUCGAGCGGGAUGUUCAUGUACCGAAACCGGGUUUGUGUGCCCAAUGAUGAGUUGUUAAGAAAGGAGAUCUUACGGCAAGCACACAACUCGAGUUUCUCUAUUCAUCCAGGAAAUACCAAGAUGUACAGAGAUCUGAAGCGCUAUUAUCAUUGGCCUGGUAUGAAGAAAGAUGUUGCUACUUUUGUGUCGUAGUGCCAGACAUGUCAGAAGGUUAAGGCAGAGCAUCAAGUGCCCAGCGGACUAUUGCAAAAUCUACCAUUGCCAGAGUGGAAAUGGGACAUGGUGACUAUGGAUUUUGUGACGGGUUUGCCGACUACAUCAGGAGGGAAGAAUGCCAUAUGGGUAGUCGUGGAUAGACUUACGAAGUCAGCCCAUUUUCUAGCGGUUAAGAAGACAGACAGAGCUGAUCAGCUAGCACAGACUUACAUCAGCGAGAUUGUAAGAUUGCAUGGAGUUCCGGUCAGCAUUGUAUCGGAUCGGGAUACAAAGUUCACGUCUGAGUUUUGGAGAGCCUUCCAGAAGGCGCUUGGGACGAAAGUGCAUAUGAGUACGGCUUAUCACCCGCAGACAGACGGUCAGUCAGAGAGGACGAUUCAGACUUUGGAGGAUAUGCUUAGAGCUUGUGUUUUGGAUUGGGAAGGGAGUUGGGCAAAGUACCUACCCCUAACAGAGUUCGCCUACAAUAAUAGUUAUCACUCAAGCAUUAAGAUGGCACCAUAUGAGGCUCUUUAUGGUAGGCCUUGUCGCACACCGCUUUGUUGGACCGAAGUGGGGGAGCGACGUGAGAUAGAACCUGCAAUGGUUCAAGAGACAGUUGAGCAGGUUGAGAUGCUUAAGAUGCGGCUUAGGGAAGCCCAUGACCGUCAGAAGAGUUAUGCAGAUAAGCGGCGUAAAGAUUUGGAAUUCCAGGUUGGCGACCUGGUAUACCUGAAAAUGAGGACAUUUCAGGGAGGAUCUAAGACUCGGAAGCUGAAGAAGCUUAAACCGAGAUAUAUGGGACCAUAUCCCAUUUUGGAGCGAAUUGGAGCAGUUGCUUACCGAUUGGAUUUAUCCGAAGAGUUAUCAGAUUUCCAUGACGUGUUUCAUGUUUCUGUUUUGAGGAAAGUCGUGAGAGAACCGGAGCUCAUUUUGCAGCAGCCGCCCAGUGACCUUGGUAGGAAUUUGCGUGCGCCGUGUCAGCCAGUAGAGCUAUUGGAUCGCCAAGUGAGAGCAGAUGAUGGUAUGAUGACUAUGUUGGUCAAAGUUCGUUGGGAGAGAGAUGGUAUUCAGGAGGAGACUUGGGAGUCCGAGCCCCAGAUGAGGAUUGAUUAUCCGGAGCUUUUCCGGAUUGACAUUGGGCAUGACAGCUUAUGAAUUGAAUUCGGGGACGAAUUCCUUGUAAGUAGGGGAGAAUUGUCACGACCUAACUUCUCCACUCCACCAACUCCACCCAUUAACACAUCUAUUAAACCCACAUUCUCCACUAAUAACCUGCAAUCAAAAGAAAAAAAAUCAGAGAGAAGAGAAGAGUAGAGAAGAGAAGGGAAGAUAAAAGAAGAGAGGGGAAGGUGAGAAGAAGGAUUUGGAGAGGUUGAGGUCGUCACCGGAGUUCGUUAUAGCCUCUGCGCCCCGUGACCGUGUUGAGCUCGCCACCACCGUUAAUCGCAGCCCAUCAUCGUGUUCCUCUCGUCGAGACGAAGCCGUAGACACCAAGCACGCCUCAAACGGAGCCCGGACGAAGCCGUACGCGCCUCCAGAAAACCGCCCUUCGCGCGCGCGUGAAACGCACGCGCCGCCGCCGGAAAUCGUCGCCACCGCAGCUCCGCCGUCGCCGCCGGCCAACUUUCCGAUAUGGAGUCUAUUUGAGCAGCUGGAGUUCAUAGACAACACUUUUCUAUUGCUAAGGUGAGACAAACAAGUAUGUGAUAUUUGGACGGACUUGGUGCUAUUGGACUUUUCUUUCGGAUUUUAUUUGGGCAUGGGUGAGAGUUGUCGGGUUUAUGGGCUUUUAUAUUACGGGAUAUUGUUGGUGGCCCGUCGUCCUUAGUGUCAGGGAGACGGGUGUCACAUUGUUGUAUGAUGACGCGUCGGGGGUGACACGCUGUCCUCCAUAUAGGAGGUGACGGGUGUCACAAUUUUUGUAGACAACCUCCAAAUGUACGUUUCAAUUAAUUCACAACAGCAAAAACCUUAGCUGUUCCUACUUCA